AUGGAGAACCAAGUAGACGCUGAUAGAAAAAAAAGAUCAUCAAACUGGAAUUCAUCAGAAAUUUCUUUACUCAGGCAACUUGUUGAACAAAAUUUAACUAUAAUAAGAAGCAAAUUGACCAACGCUAUUACAAAUGCACAGAAGACCGGGGUCUGGAAGACCAUAGCAUGCCAAAUCAAUGCUCUUGGGUUACACUGUCGUACAGGCAAAGAAGUUAAAACCAAAUGGCAGAACUUGCAAUCAAAGGCAAAAACACAGUAUGCUGAAAAAAACAAAUAUUCAAAGCAAACAGGUGGUGGGCCGGCACCUAAACCAAUGUCAAAUGAAACAGAGAAAAUAGUUGAAAUGAUGAAGGAUUGUUCCAGUUUCGUUGGCCUGAAUGGUUGUGAAUCUUCAGUGAUCCUUGUAACUUCUGAGGGUACUUCAGACUCAAUCUUUUCACCAGAUAUAUCUCCAGUUGAAUCUUUCUCAGCGUGUGAGGUUGAAGUUCAACCAGAAAGUUGUUUGUCAGUAAACAAUGAUACCUCUGAUACUAUUACAUGCACUCCCGCUACUGCAAUUUCUUUACCAAGAUACACAAGCACUCCAUACUCUAAGAAAAACCCAUCGAGGACUUCACAUGUUAUAACUCAGGAAAUGCUAGCAAGGAAACAAUAUGAUGUCCAGGAAGAAAAAUUUAAAAUAAACUUGAGGUAG